AUGUUCCCACCGGCCUCAGUAACUCAAUUUGAAGAACAACCGCAAUUCGUUCCUGCUUAUUAUACUGAACCACCAAUACCUUUUGACAAUACCAAUCAACAGCAAUACCAAUCAACGCAAUCAAAGCGACUUGAUAAAGCAUUCGCAUAUUUUUCAUCACGCAUGCAUCUAAUUAAUAUGGCACUUGCACUCGCUUUUUCGAUUAUAGAAUUACAUUAUGGUUCAAAGUAUAAGCAUCAGUGUCCAAUAAACCAAAACAUUCCAAUAUUUUUACUGGUACAUGGUUCACUCAAAAUCUUUUGGGUGUUUAUUGGUAUAUUAGCAUUCCUUGUUGCUAAAUUUCUUCGACAAUAUAACGAAGUACUAGCAAUAAGGUUAAUGUUAAUCAAUCUCAUUAUACAAUUAAUAUGUUUUCUGUUUUUUUUCGCAUGGUUUAUAACUGGUAACGUAUGGGUAUUUAGCAUUAAACCAAAAGUACAAUACAAUCCAUCUAUCCCGGCAACAUAUUGUCAGACGAAUUUGUACCACGCAGCAUUUGGUCUUAUUGUAUCAACAUAUAUUGUGUUUGGUAUUGUUACAUUGAUAACCUUUAAACGAAGAGGUCUUGGUAAAAUGAUACGUAAUAAAAUAGCAACAAAAGAUACAUCGGCAAAUCCAACAAUCACAUAUGCUAAUAAUCAAUCGUAUCCUUAA